CUCAACUUCCAAGGCUUUUCCAAACAAGUGCGGGACAGAAUUGCAGGCAAUAGCCGAGGCUCAGACCAGACUUGUUGAUCUCCGCGAAGAGGCGGCAGGAGGAAAGCCGAGAGAGGAAGUCGAGCAGCCCGGAUUGAGUCCCCCCAGCAAGCCUGCAGCUUCGUUUUUUCUCUUGCCUUUCCCCCUCAAUUGCAUUUCCUCUUAUAGCUACAUACACAAACCCAGACACACAUACACACACACUCAAACAUUCACACACUCACCAGACCCAGCACUCGAAUAUUGAAGAUUAAAGACGCGUUUGCAGCCGGGAUUGGGCGGAGGGGAAAGCAGCAAGCGGCUGCCCAGCGGAGGGAAGGAGGCCUGGCACAGCCCUGGCCCCCGGGCUGGGGGCGAGCUCCGCCCGCCCGGCUCCCACCCGCGCGGGGGGCCGGCAGGGGCUAUGCCAAGGCCCUGGCGACCGGAGGCUGCCGCUGAAGAGCUGUCGGGAUGGAGGUGAAGGGGGACUCAUGAGGAGGAGCCACCGCUGACAAAGACCUCCCUCCAGGGGGCUGGCUCCAGCUCUCCCAGCCCCCCUCCCGGUCGCAGGUCGGACUUACUGAUCUAUUCACUUGGGCCAAGGGGGGGCGGGAGGGAGGGCGAGUGGCGGCGGCCAGACCCGCGAUGCCGUCGGGCAUGACGAAGCAUGGCUCCCGUUCCACCACCUCCCUGCCGCCGGACCCCAUGGAGAUCAUCCGGAGCAAGGCAUGCUCCCGUCGAGUCAAACUGAACGUCGGGGGACUGGCCCACGAGGUCCUGUGGCGGACCCUGGACCGCCUGCCCCGCACACGGCUGGGUCGACUAAGAGACUGUAACACUCACGACUCGCUCAUGGACGUCUGCGACGAUUACAGCCUGGACGGCAACGAAUACUUCUUCGACCGUCACCCGGGAGCCUUCACAUCUAUUCUGAACUUCUACCGCACUGGCAAGCUGCACAUGAUGGAAGAGAUGUGUGCGCUCUCGUUCAGCCAAGAACUGGACUACUGGGGCAUCGAUGAGAUUUACCUAGAGUCCUGCUGCCAGGCUAGGUACCACCAGAAAAAGGAGCAAAUGAAUGAGGAGUUGAAGAGGGAAGCAGAGACCCUUCGGGAGCGAGAGGGAGAGGAAUUUGACAAUACAUGCUGCGCUGAGAAGAGGAAGAAGCUAUGGGACCUACUGGAGAAGCCCAACUCUUCUGUGGCUGCCAAGAUCCUGGCCAUUAUCUCCAUCAUGUUCAUUGUCCUCUCUACCAUUGCCUUGUCGCUCAAUACACUUCCUGAGCUUCAAAGCCUUGAUGAGUUUGGACAGAGCACUGAUAACCCGCAGCUGGCCCAUGUGGAGGCUGUGUGCAUCGCCUGGUUCACCAUGGAAUACCUCCUCCGAUUCCUGUCCUCCCCGAAGAAGUGGAAGUUCUUCAAGGGCCCGCUCAAUGCUAUUGACUUGCUGGCCAUCUUGCCCUACUAUGUCACCAUAUUCCUAACCGAGUCCAACAAGAGCGUGCUACAGUUUCAAAACGUGCGCAGGGUCGUGCAAAUUUUCCGAAUCAUGAGAAUCCUUAGGAUUCUCAAACUUGCCCGGCACUCAACCGGCCUGCAGUCUUUGGGGUUCACCCUCAGGCGGAGCUACAAUGAGCUUGGCCUACUCAUUCUCUUCCUAGCCAUGGGCAUCAUGAUCUUCUCCAGCCUGGUUUUCUUUGCUGAGAAGGAUGAGGAUGAUACCAAGUUCAAGAGCAUCCCAGCCUCUUUCUGGUGGGCUACAAUCACCAUGACUACCGUGGGCUACGGAGACAUCUACCCCAAAACCCUCUUGGGUAAAAUCGUAGGGGGGUUGUGCUGCAUCGCUGGUGUCCUGGUGAUCGCUCUUCCCAUCCCCAUCAUCGUCAACAACUUCUCUGAGUUCUACAAGGAGCAGAAGAGACAAGAGAAGGCCAUCAAGCGCCGGGAAGCCCUGGAGAGAGCCAAGAGAAAUGGCAGCAUCGUUUCCAUGAACAUGAAGGAUGCUUUUGCCCGAAGCAUAGAAAUGAUGGACAUUGUUGUGGAAAAGAACGGGGAGACCCUUGGGAAGAAAGACAAGGUCCAAGAUAACCACUUGUCUCCUAGCAAGUGGAAGUGGACGAAGAGGACUCUGUCUGAAACUAGCUCCAGCAAGUCCUUUGAAACAAAAGAGCAGGGGUCUCCAGAAAAGGCCCGAUCGUCCUGUAGCCCCCAGCACCUGAAUGUUCAGCAGCUGGAAGACAUGUACAACAAAAUGGCCAAGACUCAGUCUCAGCCAAACCUUAACACCAAGGAGUCGGCUCAGCAGGGCAAACACCAGGAAGAACUUGAAAUGGACAGCGUCCCCGGUCCCGUGGUGCCCCUCCUGCCCACGCGCACAGAAGGGGUGAUCGACAUGCGCAGCAUGUCCAGCAUCGAUAGUUUCAUCAGCUGUGCGACAGACUUUCCGGAAUCCAGCAGGUUCUCCCACAGCCCGCUGGCAUCCCUCUCUAGCAAGACAAGUGGCCCCGUGGCCCAAGAACUCGGCUGGCGGGGUCCUCCAGACUCGGGGGGGAGUAGGAUGUCAGACUCCAACCCGACCCCAGAUGGCAGCCAACGCUCCAGCUUCUUCAUUGAGAGUCCCAAGAGUUCCAUGAAGACGAACAACCCCUUGAAACUUCGGUCGCUGAAAGUCAACUUCAUGGAGGGGGGGGACCAAGGCUCGCCGUUACCCAUGGGCAGCCUCCUGGGGCUAUAUUCAGAUCCUCUCAGAAGCCGGGGCGGUGCCACCAUCACGGGCCUCGAGAGCGCUGUGCUCCCAGAUCGGUCUUUGCUGAGCCCGGAGUCCUCCGUCUACACCACGGCAAGCGCCAGGACGCCGCCCAAGUCCCCAGAGAAGCACGCAGCAAUAGCAUUCAACUUCCACGACGCCAGCAUCCAUCAAUACAUCGACGCAGACACCGACGACGAAGGGCAGCUGCUCUACAGUGUGGACUCCAGCCCCCCGAAGAGCCUUCACAGCAACACCAGUCCAAAGUACAGCAUCACCAACAGCGGGUUCCUCAGGCAGAGAGACAGUGUGCACAGGACGGACAAGAACCACCAGGAGCUCUCCCCCUGCCCCACCUCGCCCAAGUUUCUAGGGCAGAACUGUGUUUAUUCCAUGGAAGCAUUGACUGGAAAGAAUCAGAGAGGUCAAGAAAAGGGCAAACUAGAUAAUCACAUAUCCCCAGAGGUCCACGUGCUGCCAGGGGGCGGAGGACAGGGAAGCACAAAGGAUCCAAGCAUCUGAAAAGCCCUAGGCAGGAGACCCGUUGGCACGUUCCCAGGGAUGCUGUCCGCUCCCCCACCACCGAGCUUUUCUGCAUGAACUUUACAAAUGAAACAAGCCACUUGUUUCUAAAUAAAAUACAGAAUGAAGGAUAUCCAAGGAAAUGCCCAGAGCGGCCCCACAAGCCCUGCUCUGGAAGGAUCAUACUUCCCAGUCCAGAAAACCACCCAUCAGAGUGAGGUUGGCCAGGCUACGGUAUCUCCUUGGAUCUCUCCUAGCAUCCUUCUCUGGAGGGGCUGGGAACGAUGUUCACAGAAGUCCACGUUCCCCCCUCCCUCCGACACACUCUCCUCUCCCCACAUCCUUGUGCCCCAUACCUCCGUCAGGACACUCCAACCUCAAAUGCUCCAGCCUUGGAUGGGGAUGCCUCCAUCCCUCCCAGGGAAGAACAGAGCAGGGGACAGGAGCAAACAUGGGAAAGGAAGGGAUGGGGGGAGGAGAAGCCCAGUCUGGGGCCCUGCAUCGCGACCAUGGGGCACCCUUGUCCUCUGCCUCCUGGAUGGAGACGGUGUUUCAAGGUAGCAGGGGAUGCUUACACCAUGGAAAUGUGAGCACUUGUACAGGCCAAGGUUCUGGCCUGAAAAACUGAUUGCAGACCCUUCACCUACUUCAGUAUUUCGUAGAAACCUGAGCUUAUGUGUUGAGGUCAAAGCAGGGUGAGUUGCACCACUUGUAUCUGAUUUAAAUUGACUCCUUACCUCCUGGGGAGGGGUUGGUAACUCUGACAUUUACCCAAUGCAAUGAACUCGGACACCAAUAGAAUGUUGUGGGAGAAAACAAGAAUAUUUUUGGAGACUUAAUUAGCAUAGAAUCAAAUGAUAUGCAAGUGUUAGAUAUGCAAAAGAAAUACUAUGAUCAGAGACCACGAGUGAGCCACAACGAAACCUAAUUGGUUUAAAACAGGAAAAAAAAACUGCGAAAUUCAAAAGGAAACCGAGCCCCACUUGCAACACCCAGUUUAGACUCUUCAAUACAUCCUUCCAUGACAGGUUAUAGCAACUGUAAAGGGAUUAACUUGUUUCUGCGAUAUUUUCACGCUAAAAAAAAGCAAACAAAAUGCUAUAAACAAAAAGCACUUUAUGGUCUCUCAAAGGUGGGAUCUACCAAGGACAGCAUAAACAUCUAGCACUUUAAAACAAGCACUAUAUUCAUGGGGGCCACCUAUUGUGACUGGCAAGGUUGUCAUUAAGACAUCAGUCAGUGGCCAAGGUGGGUCAUGUGACCUGCUUGCUGUUACCACUCUGUGUUGUGUCUAUGUCUGUGGGCUCCCCUUCCCCACCCCCAUCCCCAUGAAGCUAACCUCUUAAUCCCCAUAAGUCUUCAAAGAAAAGGCUUCUAGCACCCCAAUGACAGUGUAGGUGACCUGGGCAAUUCAUGAUCAACCUGUCCAAGGGACACCAUGCCUGCACCGCUGAGGAAGACAGUCAAGAGUCUGGAGUCAGGUGUCUCCGUUCCUUUCUUGUAAACUAGUCUUGGGUUUGUUUUCGGUGUAACUGUCUGUACAUAAUGCUGUCCUCUCAUAUUAGAGCAGCCUGUACGGACAAGAGCAAUAAGUUCACAUGUACAUCGUCAGUGGUUGUGGUCUGUAACUCCAUGGUUGGUUCUUCCGUCCUCAGUCCAAUGACUUCUAUGCUGCAUAUACACCUGGCUCUCCUCCCACCUCAGCAUGCUGGGGGAGAUGAAUAUACACUGAGUCAGGGUGGGCCCUGGGUGGGCUCUGUCCUUGGCCCCUGUGACAGAGAAAAAUAGCAACUGGAAGUAUUUGCCAAGGUCUAUUCACAGUGCGUGUGCAGCAGAUGCAAGUGUACUUAGAGGACUUGCUGCAGAGUAUUCCCGGGAUCCUUGUGUCAGCCUGGGAGUGUAGACACUUGAUGGCAACUAUCUAUCAAGGAGGCUUUCUCUGGCAAGCCAUCUGGGGUGGCCUAUCUGCCUGUGGGAGGCAACGGGAGGUAGUCCAACACAACGUCCGCCGUUCUUAGCAUCUUCUCUUUGUUUGGGUCGCCAUUCAUGUCCGUCAUCAGCACAAAUGUGAAAAUUCAGGGAAAAAUAGCUUUUUUUACAUAUAUAUUAUAUAUAUAAAAGUAAAUAAUAGUGAUUUCCAAUUGAGAAAUUUUUAGAGCUGAUGCUAAUCUAUUAUGUUUAAAAAAAUGACAUUGCAUAUUUUACAUAUCAGGAAAGUGAACACAUUUAAAUAUAGCCAUAUACCAAGGGAACUCACCAACCCUACUUUAAAUCGAUGCAUCUUAUUUGCAGGUUAUGUUGAUAAGAGGUGUCUAGAUCAGUAACAUGUCAUGUUUUGGUUUGGUUUUUAAAACUGAAAUCAAUUGGUGCAACUCUCCUUGUAACCAAAGGCCCUGUCUGCCUUGUGUGGUCACUUAGGACUCAACCCUUAGCUCGCCUAUUUUGUCUCACUUUAAAGUAGCAUUUUGAGUCACUUUUGAAGGAUGAAUUCAGAAGUAUCCUUAAAAACCUACCUUUUGUGGCAUCAAAGCCCAAACCCUAUAGAUUUCUUAUAGAAACAGAAUCACGGAGACCCAGCAUAUACUAUGCUUGAAGGAUGUUUUGAUUUCUUUUUUUUAUUUUUCACUUUUGUGUGUAUGUAUUAUGGGAAAUGUAGCUCUUACCGUGUGCCCAGUUCCAAAUAAAAACAUAAUGAAUCCAAAUUUUUACAAGUGGAUGUUAUGUGCAUGCACAUGCAGUCUUGUACAUAGGUACACAUAUGUACAUAUACACUGGGAAAUCUACUUAGGUGUUACUAAACGGUGAGACUCAAAUGUCCUUGGUAGAGAAGAGCACUUAUUUGGAUCCAUAGAGUGCUGCCACCCCUCCCCUCUCCACCCUGCCCCAAUCCCACAGGUAUCUGAAGAAGAAGGCCAUUCAAAAGUUCCCAUUGUGUUUUUGUCCAGGAGUCAACAAAAAGCAAGUGGAAGAAAAAUAGACACAUACAAACCCACAGGCAGUGGUUUGUACAGCUAUGAAUGGAGGUUGGCAGAGAGGGAUUAGAGGUGACCCCAGGGUUCCCUUCUCUUUGGGCAAUCAAUUCAGCAAAACCCGCCUGUCAACUGGAUCUCAACAGAGAAUAGACCCAAACUUCCACAGCUCCUCCCUAAGAAAGCAAGUAGGGGCAACUUCUAUGCUGCCUCGCUACAGUUUAGGGACAACAAAAUCCAUUUCUUCCCCAAAGGAUCAGAACAGAUCACAUCAAUAAGAGCAUCUCCAUGUCAUUCCCAUUGCCAAUCCCUAACCAAUUUGUUGUAACGAUGACAUAUCCCAAUGACUAAUUCAUUUUAAUCCACUCAUGGAUCCCAAACCAACAACUGGAUUCUGUGACAAAACUCUGGCCAAGCCAGUCAAAUACUGGCCGGUUGGCCACCCCAGUGCCACACUCCAGAGACAAAACUGUGGCCAGUUGUGGGUGGAGUGCUAACCCUGGGAGGAGACGGUUUCUUGAACUUUUAAACUUUGAACAAAGAAGAGUAACAGUACUUCCCGGCAGUAGAUUUCUCAGUGCCUUUCUCUCUUAGGAAUUUCAUCUAAGCACACUUAAAGGGGAAAAGGGACACAAAAGAAGGAGGAAGAAAAAAAGAUACAUCUAUUCCUGUGACUCCCACUUUCCUAGAAGAGUUAGGGAAUAAAGAAUUCAGAAGAAAAAAAAAAAGAUUCCCUUUUGACUGGUGCAGCCCAACCCCUGGGAAUCACAGGCGAUGCAAACUUCUUUGAACUAUCAACACAUCCUAUGAGUAUCUGGUGACUCUAAGCCUUCUCUUCCCUUGCAGCUAAUAAGGUACCUGUUUAUAAGGAGCAAAACAAAACAGUAUUCUCUUCUGUAAAAUUGUAAUGUACUGUUAAUAUUUGUAUCUAUUGUAUAUUUCUGUCUUGACUGAAUUAUGGCUGGUACAGUUUCUAAUUGAUGAACAGGGGGUAAUUUAAGACUUAAAACCAACCAGGUUGCUAAAGCCAGGUUCUCUCUCUGCCACCAAGUCUCACAUCACAUUAUCCAAGACAUCUAACCAAGAACUUGAGAAAAUAACCAAACUCUGGAAUCUAGGCCUGGACCAGCAGGACCGCUGUGCUGAAGCACUUUGGUCAAUGGCUACAAGUGGCCACACAAGUGGGAGGAGGAGGAGCCACCAUCCAUAGCCACCCUUCCAGAACUGACCAAGUAGAACCAGAGGUUUCCCUUCUUUAGAAGUUGCAUAGCCUCUCAAGUCCUUGUGCUAAGGAAACCAAAACUAACCUCAUACAACCACAGAAUGUUUUGGGUUACCCUCAGUCAGGGAGAAGAUGGCUUUAAUUAGUUCCUGAAAAGGUACAAAAGUUGGAAUUACCUCGGUGUUUACCUUUGCGCUGGCCCUUUAAGUAUCUGAUGUAUGGAAAUGUCACAAGACUUUCGUGCAUCUCAGAAUAGUCUAUUUUUCUGUUCAGAUAAAAAAUAUAUAUAUGUAUUUUUAGCAAAUUUAUAAUAGGGAAAUUGAGUCAAAUUUCUUCUUUUGUAUUACAGAAUAAUAUAUUAGGAGACUUAUUUAUGGUCAUUUCUAUAUCUGAUUUCUUCUGGUCUUUUUAUUUUAUUCCUCCCUUCCUUGGUUUUUGU